CUGGGCGGCUGGCGCGCCCACAGGUCGCAGUCCCCCGGGUUUGGAAAGUGGUAGUCCCCUUCAAUCCAACGCGAAGUGUCAAAACUGAAACCUCAUCGCUUGCCGCUCCCCAUCCGCCGCUCCCCUUCCGCAUGUCAGAGGGAGGCCGAGAAAGAGCUUGCUCUUAUGGCGUCGAGGGCCGCGAUCUACCGAGGGAUGAUGUGGAAGGGCCGCUCGUGGGCGAUUGGAUCUCGAUCGAUGUCGUCGUGGUGGAGCAACGUAGAACCGGCGCCCAAGGAUCCGAUCCUCGGGGUCACGGAGGCCUACCUCGCCGAUCCCAGCCCCCACAAAGUCAAUGUCGGCGUUGGAGCUUAUCGGGAUGACAACGGGAAGCCUGUCGUCCUCGAAUGCGUUAGGGAGGCUGAAAGGAGGAUCGCCGGGAAUCUGAACAUGGAGUAUCUUCCAAUGGGAGGAAGCAUUAAGAUGAUCGAAGAGUCAUUGAAGCUAGCAUAUGGGGAGGAUUCUGAGUUCAUAAAAGACAAAAGGAUUGCAGCAGUUCAAUCGCUUUCAGGGACUGGUGCAUGCCGGCUUUUUGCAGAUUUCCAGAAGCGGUUCUUGCCCGAUUCUCAAAUUUAUAUACCUCUACCAACCUGGGCUAACCAUCAUAAUAUUUGGAGAGAUGCUCGGGUUCCACAGCAGACAUUUCGUUAUUACCAUCCUGAAUCAAGGGGACUUGAUUUUGCUUCACUGAUGGAGGAUUUUAAGAAUGCUCCAAAUGGAUCAUUCUUCUUGCUUCAUGCAUGUGCACAUAAUCCAACAGGGGUGGAUCCUUCUGAGGAACAGUGGAGGGAAAUAUCUCAUCUGUUUAAGGUUAAGAAUCAUUUCCCAUUCUUUGACAUGGCAUACCAAGGUUUUGCUAGUGGUGAUCCAGAGAGAGAUGCAAAGGCAAUUAGAAUUUUUCUUGAGGAUGGGCACUUGAUUGGCUGUGCCCAAUCAUAUGCGAAAAAUAUGGGGCUUUAUGGACAACGAGUUGGAUGCCUCAGUCUUCUCUGUGAAGAUGAAAUGCAAGCAGUAGCUGUGAAGAGUCAGUUGCAACAGAUUGCUAGGCCUAUGUAUAGCAACCCUCCUCUUCAUGGUGCACACAUUGUUUCAAUAAUACUCAGUGAUCCAGACCUUAAAAGCUUGUGGCUGAAGGAAGUGAAGGUUAUGGCUGAUCGUAUCAUUGGAAUGCGAAAGGCACUUAGGGAAAACCUUGAGAAGUUGGGUUCGCCACUAUCUUGGGAACAUAUAACUAAUCAGAUUGGCAUGUUUUGCUACAGCGGAAUGACCCCUGAUCAGGUUGAUCGCUUGACAAAUGAGUUCCAUAUCUACAUGACACGCAAUGGCAGAAUCAGUAUGGCGGGUGUGACUACGGGCAAUGUUGCCUACUUGGCUAAUGCUAUCCAUGAGGUCACUAAAUCUACAUGAGGAAUCACUACUUAGGCAAAGAAAACUGAGGCUUAUACUACAUUUCAUGAUGCUUUUUCUCGACUUCCUCUGAUCCUUGUUAUAGAAAUAAGUUAUCAACAGAUUGAGGUCAAUAUGUUGAGGCUUUUGCAAUUCAGCUUCCGUGCAUGUUUGAAGGGGACACAGAAUAAAUGCCUUCGCUUUACCCGAUUUUGAACAUCUGAAUUCCUUUUCUUUUGUUUUUUUUCUUGGGUCAUAAUUAUACUCGUGUAACAUCAAUGCUAAGUGCAGAUGCAUUUGAAACUAAAUUACAGCUGACAUGCAACUGUCAGGGGCAUAGAAAUCAAAUAAAUCUUGGAGUAAUUUAACAGUGGUUUGUCAUAAACAUCCUGUUCAACCUAUCAAUUUCUUGUCCUCUUUUAACA